AUGGAAGAAGCUUGCAAAUCCUCUUUGAACUUCUUCUCUGAUCAACAGCUCUGCUAUGCCGACGUCCUCUCUCCUCUGGAGGUCAUCGCCAGAAUCCAAGUCGCCGUCCUCAACUUCCUCCGGAUCUUGACUUCUCCAGCUCCUGCAAUCUCCGACCUCCCUCUCGUAGCAAGAAAAUCAAGCAACAGCCGACUCAGCCAAGGCCUGUUGACUCAAACUUCAUGGAUUUUCCUAACGAACGCUUUCUCCACCAGGUCUCUCGAGCGACCCAAUGCUGCCAAAGCCUUCAUCAGAGUGUGGAAGGUGAUGGCAAUGUGCUCUCAGAUUUUGGGUCAAGAGAAGAAGGUCACACAGAGGGAGCUUUUCUACAAGUUGCUCUGCGAUUCACCUGGUUAUUUCUCGUCUCAAUCGCAGGUCAAUCGAACUGUCCAAGAUGUAGUGGCAUUGCUUCGCUGCAGCCGUUAUAGUCUCGGAAUCAUGGCAUCUAGCAGAGGACUUGUAGCCGGCCGUUUGCUGUUGCAGGAGCCAAACCAAGGGGUUGUGGAUUGUGCUGCCUGUGGAUUUUCCGGGCAUGGUAUCUCUGGUGACUUGAGUUCCAUUGAUAAUUUGAUAAUGAAGACGGAUGCAAGGUACAUCAUUGUGGUGGAGAAGCAUGCAAUAUUCCAGCGGUUGGUGGACGACCGUGUGUUCAACCAAAUUCCUAGCAUUAUUAUCACUGCCAAAGGGUACCCUGAUAUUGCUACAAGGCUUCUUCUUCACCGGAUGAGCCGGGCAUUUCCUGACUUGCCAAUUUUAGCACUAGUUGACUGGAACCCAGCUGGGUUAGCUAUUUUGUGCACCUUCAAGUUUGGAAGUAUAGGGAUGGGCCUGGAGGCUUACAGAUACGCUUGCAAUGUGAAGUGGUUGGGAGUACGUGGGGAUGACCUAGAGCUGAUACCCGAACAAGCUUUAGUUCCAUUGAAACCAAAGGACCUCCAAAUUGCUAAAAGCUUGAUGUCCUCGGGGAUUUUGCAGGAGAAUUACAGAGAAGAGUUGACAUUAAUGGUUGAAAGUGGUCAGAGAGCAGAAAUUGAAGCUCUGUAUUUUCAUGGAUAUGAUUACUUGGGGAAGUUCAUUGCAAAGAAAAUUGUGCAAGCCAAUUACAUCUAA